GCAGCCAUCAUUUCAUCAUCCGCUGAAGAGCAGCGCGAGAUCCUAGUCAGCUUGAAACCACCGCGAAUCCAAAAGGCAUUUCUUCUGACUUCAAAAGUGUCGUGAGGUUGGCUCGAUAACGGUUUGUUUGUAAACAGAAGGCUAGCUGAGAGCUAGCAACCGCGUUCGUGUUUUAUUCCGACUGAAAGAGCCGAAGAGGCCAAGAUGGAGUUUUAAGGCAAUAAUGCGGUAACUGCACUGCAUCGGCAUGCCCCAGGCAAAGAAACGCGAUUUUCGGGACUCUACCAUCACAACUGCCAAGCAGUUGGGCUCUGAUACCGUCCGCGGUAUAGUCUUGAGCCAACCGAUACCUCUUCUCCUUGACAGGAGGAAGCUAACGCUAGCGAGCUAGCCUGUAGGCCCAUUCAUUCUGCGCCGAGCAGCUGUAAUAUUAAAAUCGUCAAGUAAUUUAUUAAGUUACCCUUUCUAUCCUCAUAACAUCCUGUAAAGAUGAAGCCUCAAGACAUCAUUGCUGGAAAAUCCAGCCUGUGGAUUUUUGGGUACGGCUCGCUGGUUUGGAAGCCUGAUUUCAAGUAUAAGGGGAGCAAGGUCGGUUAUAUUAAAGGGUAUAAGAGACGCUUCUGGCACGGGGAUAACUUCCAUCGUGGAGAUGAUGCUAUGCCCGGAAGAGUGGUGACGCUUAUCGAGGAGGAUGACGCGUGCACGUGGGGUGUUGCCUUCGAGGUGACUGGCUCUCAGGUCGAGGAGUCUCUCAAAUACCUGAACGUGAGGGAGGCGGUGAGGGGUGGCUACCUCACCGAGGCUGUAGAUUUCUUUCCUAAAGGCAAGAACCAGUCGCCUGUCCAGGCUCUGGUUUACAUCGCCACAGCUGACAACCCUAUGUAUAUGGGGCCCGCCAGCACAGAGGAAAUCGCAGCUCAGAUCGCCGUCUGCAAGGGGAAGUCGGGCUUCAACAUCGAGUACCUGCUUCGCCUGGCGGAGUUCAUGAGAUUGAGCUGCCCAGAGGUGGAAGACCAUCAUCUGUUCUCCAUCGAAGCAGCCACUCUGCAACUUAUAUUCUUUACAGCCUCCUAACCUGUAUUUUCUGUAAAGCUGUAUCGCAGAGUCUAUCAAAUCCAGACACUAUAAAGGCCCUAACAAAAGUUUAAGCUGUACUAAAUGUGUGAUUUGUGAUAAGGUAGCUGUUAACAUGAUAUACUCCAACUGUACUAAGGUAAAGUUACUAUAUUAAGGGAAUGUGGUGUUUUAAACUGUAUGUUUCUGUUAUGUAGCGUGACAAAUUUUGUCCUUUGGUGUCGUCCAAGUGUGUGGUACUGUAAUACAAAUGCAUGCCUGUGUGAUUUAUCGCCAAAGUUUGUCCAAAACACAUCCACUUGAACACUUCUUCAAGCCAUUAAAUUGUUCUUCUUUGCACAUUAAAGUUUCUCAAGAAUCAGCA